AUGCAUCCCAAAGAAUUUGAGCAAAAGCGAAAAGUGAAACACAAAACCAAUGUCAAAUUUGUGUUCUUAAUUUUUGCUAAGUGUGUUAAUAACGCAAAGAAGACGGGACGGACAAAGCUCAGAGGCGGUGAGACAGCGAUGCGCUACGGCAGCCGUGCGCUCGUACUUUCCGGCAGAGAAAUGGACCGAUGCUGUGGUGAACCGCGACGCGACUUGGACCCCCACAUGGACAAACUCUUGACGCCGGCGAAGAGGCGCCGCCGCACUCCGCCGUCGCUCUUCGACGCCGCGCCUACCGACAAGCACUAUUGA